AUGGGGACCAACAUGGAGAGGGUCUACCUCGCCUAUCGCAGGUCAGUCUUCUGCUUGCAACCGCCAGGCGACUCAAUCGCACGUGCGGCCAUCGUCGACGCAUUGGCCGCGGGCUGCAUACCAGUGCUCUUGCACCCGCGGCAGCCCUCCCUCUGGCCCUGGCACUGGAGUGCCGACGAGGUGAGCGUGCUCUUUGACUGGACCGACCGGCGGGGCGUCCGCCUCUACCCCAGCCCCUCUCGCCGCAGCCGCCUCUCUUUCUCUGGCCCCAACGCGAGCGCGCUCUUCGCACAGCUGGAAGCCAUCCCACCGGCGGUGAUCCAGGAGAAGCAGCGCGCGAUCGCGAGGGUGGUGGAUGGCAUGACGUACCGCGGCGAGACUGUGGGGCAGAGCGCCUGCCGGCGACCGGAGAGCCGCGACGCAUUCGACCUGUUUCUGCGAGGCGCGCUGGAAGGCCGGCCAGUACAUCGGUGA